AUGGCUUCUCUACUCAACAUGGUUUCUGUCCCACCAAGAAUAUCACCACCCUCACACGCCAGAACCCCUUCAUUUCAAGCUCGACCAGUUUUGCCACCCUUUUCUCUCUCAUUUUCCAGGAGGAGAUUAUCCAUUAGAGCAACAGAAACUGAUACUAAUGAAGUUAAAUCUCAGGCGCCGGGUACAGCGCCAUCUAAAGCUGGUUCAAGCUUCAAUCAGCUUCUUGGUAUUAAAGGAGCUGCCCAAGAAACAAAUAAAUGGAAGAUCCGUCUUCAACUUACAAAGCCUGUCACUUGGCCUCCAUUAGUUUGGGGUGUAGUUUGUGGUGCUGCUGCCUCUGGAAAUUUUCAUUGGAAUUUUGAGGAUGUUGCUAAAUCAAUUGUGUGCAUGAUGAUGUCUGGCCCAUUCCUGACAGGAUAUACACAGACUCUGAAUGAUUGGUACGAUAGAGAAAUUGAUGCAAUAAAUGAACCUUAUAGGCCAAUUCCUUCUGGGGCAAUAUCAGAGAAUGAGGUAAUCACUCAAAUAUGGGUGUUGCUGCUUGGAGGUAUUUCUCUGGCUGGUAUAUUGGACAUAUGGGCAGGGCAUGAUUUCCCUAUAGUAUUUUACCUUGCAGUGGGUGGAGCCCUACUGUCUUAUAUAUAUUCUGCCCCUCCUUUGAAGUUAAAACAAAAUGGAUGGAUUGGAAACUUUGCUCUUGGAGCAAGUUACAUUAGCUUGCCAUGGUGGGCUGGUCAAGCUUUGUUUGGGACUCUUACACCAGACAUAAUUGUUCUCACACUCCUUUACAGCAUAGCUGGAUUGGGAAUUGCUAUUGUUAAUGACUUCAAAAGUAUUGAAGGGGAUAGAGCUCUAGGGCUUCAGUCUCUUCCAGUUGCUUUUGGUGCUGAAACUGCAAAAUGGAUAUGUGUUGGCGCUAUUGACAUUACACAAUUAUCCGUAGCUGGAUAUUUACUUGGGGCUGAUAAACCGUUUUAUGCGUUGGCUUUAGUUGCCUUAAUUAUUCCACAAGUCAUAUUUCAGUUCAAGUACUUCCUCCAGGACCCUGUGAAAUAUGAUGUUAAAUAUCAGGCUAGUGCACAGCCAUUUUUGGUGCUUGGUCUGUUGGUUACUGCUCUAGCAACUAGCCACUGA